AUAAUCAAAAAAAAAAAAAACAUGAGGAAAGAAGACGACCGGUUUAGACUGGUUCAAGAAGGCGACCGUGAACCGCUUUUUGUGACCAGGAGGAGGACCGGAAGAGUGAUUACGUUCCGGGUUUUCGCGGCCUCGGUUUUCGGAUGUAUCUGUUCGAUUUGGUUCUACCGAGUUACCGCACCGUCGGAGAUUGAUGAGAACCGAACUGGUUUCGUUCGAUUCAUCUGGUUGGUUAUGUUAACUUUGGAGAUUUGGUUCGGUUUGUAUUGGUUAGUGGUACAAUCUCUCCGGUGGAAUCCGGUUUGGCGAUUUACCUUCACCGACAGACUCUCCCGGAGGUACGGGAACGAUCUUCCCACGCUCGACGUUUUCGUUUGCACGGCUGAUCCGGUGAUUGAGCCGCCGUUGAUGGUGGUCAACACUGUCUUAUCUGUGGCGGCUCUCGAUUACCCACCGGAGAAACUCGCCGUAUAUCUCUCAGAUGACGGUGGCUCUGAGCUCACGUUCUAUGCCCUCGCGGAGGCAGCUGAGUUUGCCGGAGUUUGGGUUCCGUUCUGUAAGAGAUUCAACGUUGAGCCGAGAUCUCCGGCGGCUUACUUGUCUUCCACGGCAAAUGGUCUUGAAUCUUCUGCUGCGGCCAAGGAGGUGGCUGAGUUGUAUAGAGAAAUGGCGGCGAGGAUUGAAACGGCGACGAAACUGCGGCGAGUACCUGAGGAGGCGCGGUUGAAGUACGGUGAUGGGUUCUCGCAGUGGGAUUCUGACGUUACUCAGAGAAACCAUGGAACCAUUCUUCAAAUUUUGGUAGACGGAAGAAAAAAGAACACAGUAGCAAUACCAACGUUGGUGUAUCUAUCAAGGGAGAAGAGACCUCAACAUCAUCAUCAUUUCAAGGCUGGAGCUAUGAACGCAUUGAUAAGGGUUUCUUCGAAGAUAACCUGUGGGAGAAUCAUACUUAACCUGGACUGCGAUAUGUACUCAAACAACUCAAAGUCAGCACUAGACGCGCUCUGCAUCCUACUUGAUGAGAAAGAGGGAAAGGAGAUUGCCUUCGUGCAGUUUCCGCAGUGUUACGAGAACAUUACUAGGAAUGAUUUGUAUGGAAGCAUGAUGCGAGUAAUAGCUGAUGUGGAGUUUAAUGGACUGGAUGGAAAUGGCGGACCGCUGUACAUUGGGACUGGCUGCUUUCACAGAAGAGACGUGAUCUGUGGAAGAAAGUAUGGAGAGGUAGAAGAAGAAGAAUCUGAGGAAAUUCAAGAAAUUUUAGAGCCUGAGAUGAUUAAAGCUCUCGCGAGCUGCACUUAUGAAGAAAACUCUCAAUGGGGAAAGGAGAUGGGUCUGAAAUAUGGUUGCCCCGUAGAGGAUGUAAUUACCGGUUUAGCGAUACAGUGCCGCGGAUGGAAAUCGGCGUACCUGACCCCUAAAAAGAAAGCUUUUCUUGGGGUAGCGCCGACAAAUUUGCAUCAAAUGCUUGUGCAGCAGAGGAGAUGGUCAGAGGGAGACUUUCAGAUUCUGCUUUCAGAGUAUAGUCCGGUUUGGUAUGGCCAAGGAAAGAUCGGUUUAGGACUGAUACUUGGUUACUGCUGCUAUUGCCUUUGGGCACCAAGUUCAGUACCUGUGCUUGUUUACUCUGUUUUGACCUCUCUAUGUCUACUCAAAGGCAUUCCUCUGUUUCCAAAGGUCUCGAGCUUGUGGUUUUUCCCGUUCGGAUACGUGACUGUCGCAGCUAAUGCUUAUAGCCUAGCCGAGUUCUUGUGGUGCGGAGGAACGUUCCGUGGAUGGUGGAACGAGCAAAGGAUGUGGCUUUAUAGGAGAACAAGCUCAUUUGUUUUCGGAUUCAUUGACACAAUUCUGAAGAAACUUGGGGCUUCGGAGUCUGCGUUUGUAAUCACGGCGAAAGUAGCAGAGGAAGAAGCAGCAGAGAGAUACGAGAAAGAGGUAAUGGAGUUUGGAGUGGAGUCUCCGAUGUUUCUCCUCCUCGGAACACUCGGGAUGCUUAAUCUCUUCUGCUCCGCUGCAGCGGCUAUGGGGCUGAUGACUUCAAGAGACGGUCAACAUUUUCAGACAAUGGGCAUGCAGUUUGUGAUAACAGGAGUACUUGUGGUACUAAACUGGCCUCUGUAUCAAGGCAUGUUGUUGAGGAACGACAAAGGGAAAAUGCCAGUGACCGUGACAGUUAAAUCAGUUGUCUUAGCUUUAUCUGCUUGCACUUGUAUUGCGUUUUUGUAAAGGAAAAUGAGUGUCAAAUGUAUUAAAAAUAAUGGUCAAGUAGUUAUGUAAUAUAUAUAAAAAUAACUCAUUUCUGUUUACAUCAAUUUGCAAAUAGAGAAGCUUCUUCUU